AUGACUUUCCCAGCGCCCCGGAAUUCCAUAGACAGCUUCUCCCCCAGUUCGCCUCCAUAUCUUCGAAAUGAAUACCCUUAUCCUGGGCCGACUUCGAAUACUAGAUACAGGCCUCGGAGAGACUCUACCGCGAGUUCUAUACACUCAAUAGGAGGCUCGUUGAAUACAGCCCCGCGGUGGCAUGAUCUAAGCGAAUCUGGUCAGAAUGCUAUAUCUACUCUCCUCCAGCCACCCAUCGUCCGAACUGGCCUUCUCCCACACACGUCCGCUCCUGCAUCAAGUGCCCAUAAGCCACCCACCGCCCGAGACAUCCCACCUGUUGCCCUCACCAAUAUACCAUCGGUCGACCCCUCGGAGUUCGGGCCUUAUCUGUCGCAAGUUGGCGCCCUUUAUGAUGCGCUCCAGCGUGCAAAGGAAAACGAGGAAGAAGGCGGUACACAAUUAUUAAGGAAGGGCAGUAAGUUGGAUGAUUUUGCAGAUAUUCUCGACCCAGACCAACAGUUAUCAAGUCGCCCAAGUCUGUCUAAGAGGGGAUCCUUGGCCUCGCUGGCCUCAUCUAUUGAGGCACCAUAUUUGCCACGACGGAGGUCAAGUGGAGGAUUCGGAAAACGAGCAGCUCAUGCGCCUACACCCCUAUCAACUAUACCACCCGUAUAUUUCGAGGAAGACUUCCACUUAGAAAACCCGCGCACCUUUGAUGUCGUCAGUGAGCGUUCGGAAGUUGUGAGACCAAUACCCGGGGCGCCUGAUGAGCGCAAGGCUGCAAAUGGGAACGCAACAGGGCCACGGAAAGCCCUAGCAACAAAUGCAAUUCUCCAAGAAAAACUCUCAUGGUAUAUGGACACGAUUGAGGUCCAUCUUAUCUCAUCGAUAUCAACGGCCUCAACCUCCUUUUUUGCUGCAUUAGGCUCGCUUAGAGAGCUUCAUUCGGAGGCUGCUGAUUCUGUGGACCGGAUCAAAGCACUGCGGAAGGAGCUGAAUGAUUUAGACCAAGAAAUGGCUGUCGGCGGGCUUAACAUUGUCAACAAGAAGCGAAGGAGGGAAAACCUGCGCCAGUUAGGGGAUGCAGUUCGACAGUUGAAAUGCAUUGUAGAGGCUGUUGGUAGCUGCGAGUCUCUGAUUGAUGCUGGCGAGGUUGAGAAGGCAUUGGAUGCGAUCGAUGGUCUAGAGAGGCUUAUAGCGGGGGAAGCGCCAGAAAGCACAAUGGAAAAGGAUAUCAGACUUCGGGAUCUCAGAGGGGCAACCGCGUUACAAGGAGUUACAAAUGAUCUCGAUGCGCUACGGUAUCGCAUAGGGAAAGUUUUCGAAUCUAGAUUCCUUAACGCCCUGGUAGGCGAUUUACGGCGUCAUAUCGAAUCUGUUUCCACUCCUGAGACAUUACAGCGAUGGAACAAUGCGUCUCAGAGAUCAAGAGGGGCCCACAACCGUGAGCCAUCGGUAUAUCCCGCUUACUUGAUUUUGAGUGAAGACUUCAGGUCUGAGCUCCUAUCAAAUAUUAGUGGUCUCCAUCGUGCCCGAUACACACUACCUGCAACUUCUGCUUAUCGGGAUGCGGUGUUGCGAGAAGUGCGCAAUCUCAUCCGCCGGCCACUUCCGGCCUCCAAUGAUGAUGAUGCCGAUUCGAUGGUGUCGUCUUCCACAGUUGGCGGUAGACAUAAGUCACAGCAGGAGAAAUCAUCCAUUCUAGCACGCAAUUUAAGGGCGCUAGAUCCAGAUGAUGCCGAAGAGCUGCUGAAAACGAUAUAUAUUAGCGUCGGAGAGACCCUGAGGAGAUUAGGAACUCAAGUCAAGCAACUAUUAGACGUUACCAGCACCCUUGGCGGCCCUCUAACACAGGCAGGUAUGAAAUCACCUCCAAGGAGCCCAAACAUGGCUGCCAUUGAUGGCCGGAUGGGUGCGCCAGCAACAAAGGGCCCCGCGGAUCCAGAAAUUCAGGAACAGAUGCAUCAGGUCUUAGACAUGUCAAACCUUCUUGGGCAGGUUGUUGAUAUUGCACAAGACAAGAUAGUCAAGGUCUUGCGCGUGCGGUCUGAGCAAACCAUACACCUCCCCGUCGAGAGAUUCUUGCGCUACUUUACUUUGAAUCUUCUCUUCGCAAAUGAAUGCGAGGCGGUCUCUGGACGAAGCGGCACUGCGUUGAAGAAUGUUGUGAAUGGCCAUAUCAAAGACUUCAUACACCAACUCGCCGAAUCUGAACGACAAGCAUUGGCUACUGGGAUGGAAGCGGAUUUAUGGGCCGCAACCGACUUUACAGAAUCUGAUACUGAAGAGUUAUCACGUCUUCUUUCGGCAAGCACUCAUGAUCCAGAAGCCUGGACUGCGGGAAGUAAAAUAUGGCGUCCGCCAUCCCAAUCUAACACCCUAUCAAUCCCGGAAAUAUCUGCAAUUGCAAAGGAUGGUACAUCGGGAACCUCCACGCCCUCUGCAAACGCCUCCAAAGGUACCAGCCGUUCCGCAGUCAUUGAAGGUGAAUCCUUCCUUCUCCCCGUAUCCGCGAUCCUCUGUCUCCAUGGCCUCUCCUCCUUCCUAUACCUAAACACUGGCCUCCCAUCCAUGGCAUCGGAGAUUGCAAUACCAAUUCUAUCAUACCUUACGCUCUUCAACUCCCGCUGCACGCAACUCAUCCUCGGGGCUGGUGCCACUCUUUCAGCGGGGUUAAAGCGUAUCACAGCCAAACACCUCGCCCUUGCAGCACGAUCCCUAGCCUUUAUAGGUAGUCUAAUCCCUCAUAUUCGUGAGUUCAUUCGUCGCCACGCCGGGUCUGGCUCUGCAGUGUCGAAUUUGAUGGGUGAAUUCGACAAAGUGCGACGUGCAUACCUAGAGCAUCAGCAAUCUAUCUACGAUAAACUGGUCGACAUCAUGGCCGGGCGAGCAACUAUGCUUGCAAAAGCAAUGAAAGAGAUCAACUGGGAGGAAAAUAAGGAGGGUGUCAAUCUGUACAUGGAGACAUUGGCGAAAGAAACCAGCACAUUAAACCGCGCCCUUAACAAACAUCUUCCUGCUAUGAAUGUGCGGAUGGUUAUAGAACCGGUGUUUAAAAGCUAUAAAGAGCAGUGGGGAAAGGCAUUUGGAGAUGUGUCGUUGGCGAGCGAUGCCGCUCAAUCAAGGAUGCUGAGGGAUGCGGAAUACUUCAACACUAGGAUCGGUGGUCUGGAUGGUGCGGGCGAUACGGGAGUUGCUAUCAUUAAUCUAGUGAAGCAGAAGAGCGUUGCUAGACCGGCUGAAGCAGCGCCUCCUGAGUCAAAGGAAGAUGUGGUCACUAAUGGGGAAGUUUCCGCGAAUCCCGCUGAUCCGGAGACAGUAGAAAAGGAGGAUCAGGAGAAAGGCACCGAUGAGAAGAAGGCUUCAUAA